CCUCCACAGUUCGCUCCAUCUGUCUCCUCUCUCCCAUGCCGCGCGCUUUACAAGAAAUUUGUGACGUCAGGAUGCCGCAAAAUGUGACAUCAUCCCAGUGAUCCGGAAGUGAACAUCACAUGCGGGUCACUUUCGCUUUUCGUGUUCUAGCCACGGGGCAACGCAUUUAUAACACAGGUAUGGUCCGAAUUAUGGUGGGGUUUGUAGACAUGUGAUAUGGAGAUAGGCGGUACGGCUGGUUUGAACAUUCCAAGCGCGACGUUGGGCGGCAGAUGACCGAGACAUAUUCCAGAGGCUCCGAGGAGUAACGUUACGAGACAAGGACAUGGGCAGUGCUGAUUUCAUAUUCAAGGUGACCGUCUCUAUCCGUCGGGAGGACGACGGGUCGCCUGUGUUCUUCAAAAUCGACGGCGGCAGGUUUAAGACGAGUGAGAGGACCAUCAAGCUACAGGCAGACGUCCAGUAUCGGCUGGACAUCGAGAUCAAGCCAUCGUUAUACCCCAAAUCCACCUCCCUAGGCACCACCCCCCUCCAGCUGAAGGAGCAGGCUCGAGACCCCCACAGUGUGAGAUACACCACAGUCUGGUCUACUGCAGGCACAAGUGUCAGCAAGAAGGGGUCCAGACAAGAUGUGCCCUUUGUCAUGGAGUUUGAUGGGCUGGGCAUGCUGAAGGUGUGUCUCCAGUGUAAGUUCUACAAGGCCAGUGACUCGGACCACUGCAGCUGGGGAGACAGCUUCAAACAGAUGGAGCUGAACUGCACACUUACAGAGGAGAGGACCUUCAUCAAGGUCUACAACCAACAGUUUAAGUAAGGACACUUCUAAGACCUCACCAUUUUAUUAAUUUGGUUCUGUCUUUCAAAUACUUCUUUCAAAUCAGGUAAUAGAUUUUGUGCCAAUUUUCAGUGCAAGGAAACACAUUCCAACUUGUAUGUUUGUUUUAUAGAUACAUAUGAUAUAGCAAGGUCAGGCCAUCUAUGAGACAAGUGCUCAAUCAUUUGUCUUGAUAUGAUAUGAUACACUGUAGAGUACAUGUUUCAUAAAGUGGUGACAGAUGUUUCAAUGUAAUUGGUAAGUCAUCUUGCCUUGACUAUUGAUGGUACUUAGGGAAGUAUGUGCUCCAAUAUUGUAGCUCUGUCAUUAGGUGUGACAAUUGCAUAUUCAGCAAACAGCAGUUCCAGGCAAGUUCAAAAUUAAAGUUCAAGGUAAAUGUUCAAGUUCAAGGUGUUAAGUAUAAUGGUUUGUUGUCUUCAUGAACUGUGCCAAUGUGACAUUCCAAGUAUUUAUCUUGAGGUAACUCCUUCGUUUAUUUUAAGUCAUAAUGGUAUUGUGUUACAUGUAGGUUAGAAUAUUGUAGACAAUCUAUUAUUCAGUAUAGCAUGUGAGAGUGCUAGAUAUCAUCAAUUGGAAAUGCAUCAUGUUUGGAAAUGAAUUUGUCUCACCAUGUGUGAUUUAAUUUGUGAGAAAUAUUACCUGUCUGGCAGCUAUGAUAGCAAUAUGCAAACAAGCACCCCAGUUAGCCUAAAUACGCCUCA